CAAAAAGUGCUUGUCGUCGUCGUCGUCCACCAUUUCGGUCCCCAUUCGUGUCUUGUUGGCCACGUCUGCUUUGCUCGAGUUGUCCAUCGUUCGGGGGGGAAUACAUUUUCUUCGGAUUAGCUGGAAGUUGAGCCGGGUGUGUCUCCGUGUCUCGAGUCAUUUUCGCCGGGUUUGGUUAGGAAAAAAGUGAGUAGCAAUGUUCUCCGCAAAAGUGAUCGCCACCACGGUCACUUUGGUGGCCGUUUUGGGCCUGCAGUCGGUCUUUGCCGGCGAAGCCGAUGUCCUGGAUCUGACCGAUAGCGACUUCUCGACCCGGGUCGCUGAAACAGAAACCACACUGGUCAUGUUCUACGCUCCAUGGUGCGGCCACUGCAAGAAGCUGAAGCCUGAAUACGCCAAGGCUGCCGAACUGUUGCGUGGCGAAGAUCCGCCAAUCGCACUCGCCAAGGUCGAUUGUACCGAAGGUGGCAAGGAUACUUGCGGCAAGUUCUCCGUGUCCGGUUACCCCACACUGAAGAUCUUCAAGAACGGAGAAGUUUCUCAGGAAUAUAAUGGACCACGGGAGGCUAGCGGUAUUGCCAAGUACAUGAAGUCCAUCGUUGGGCCGGCUUCCAAGGAUCUGCUGACACUGGAGGCUUUCGAAGCUUUCCUGAAGGUUCAGGAGACCAGCGUGGUUGGUUUCUUCCAGAAGGAAUCGGACCUGAAGGGUGUCUUCCUGAAGUAUGCCGGCAGCCAGCGUGAACGUCUGCGUUUCGGACACAGCAGCGCCCAGGAAGUUCUGGACAAGCAGGGUGAAACCGAUGCCAUUUAUCUGUUCCGUGCCAAGCAACUGUCGAACAAGUUUGAACCGGACUUUGUUAAGUUCGAAGGCAAGACCAAGGAUGAACUGAGCACCUUCGUCAAAGAGAACUUCCAUGGACUGGCCGGUGUGCGCACUCGCGAUAGCAUCAACGAUUUCAAGAACCCGCUGGUCGUGGUUUACUACGCCGUCGACUACGUCAAGAACCCGAAGGGAACCAACUACUGGCGCAAUCGUGUCCUCAAGGUUGCCAAGGAAUUCGUCGGACGUGUCAACUUUGCCAUCAGUGCCAAGGAUGACUUCCAGCACGAACUCAACGAGUACGGCUAUGACUACGUCGGUGACAAACCCCUUGUCCUGGCCCGCGAUGCCAAAAACCAGAAGUUCAUCAUGAAAGAAGAAUUCUCCGUUGAGAACCUACAGGCCUUCGCCACUGAUCUGGAAGAGGGAUCCCUGGAGCCCUACGUCAAGUCGGAACCGAUUCCCGAAAGCAACGAUGCCCCCGUCAAGGUUGCCGUUGGCAAGAACUUCCAAGAAGUUGUCAUGGACAAUGGCGUCGAUACGCUGAUUGAGUUCUACGCUCCGUGGUGCGGCCACUGCAAGAAGCUGGCUCCGGCCUACGAUGAGCUGGCCACCAAACUGAAGGAUGAGGAGGUUGCCAUCGUAAAGAUGGACGCCACCGCCAACGACGUCCCACCGACGUUCGAUGUGCGCGGUUUCCCAACGCUGUUCUGGCUGCCCAAGAACGACAAAUCCAGCCCACAGCGGUACGAAGGUGGCCGUGAAGCCGACGACUUCCUGCAGUACAUCGCCAAGCAUGCCACCAGCGAGUUGAAGGGCUGGGAUCGCAAGGGUAAAGCCAAGAAAACCGAACUGUAAUCUCACGACUGCUAAUCGAGGGCUGCAGGAGCUACUACUUUUCUAGAAGAAGUGUAUAAAAUUCUACAAGAAAUUAUUUCUGCAAAAGUAUACACUUCCAUUCCUGUCGUGUCAACAUCUCAUCUAUUAUUUUGCUGUUAUGUUACAAACGUUGCAUUGUUUUCCCACUCCCGAAUUUAAUGAUCUAUACUGUUCACGACUUCCAUUUAUGAAACAAAAAAACUCCCGUUAGGUUUAAGAAGAAGGUCUACCGUCUGUGUUAUGGCAACAACCUGUAUAGGUAACUGAAACAAACAGACAUCAAUGACGAACAUUCGUCGUGUCAGCAAACAAACAUUCAUUGUGCAUUUAAGUUUAUACACUAGAGAGAAUAAAAAAGUCGAGCUGCUCCGGAAGUUUGGAAUAGAUGGAGUCAGCAAAACAUUGUUCGAAAAAAGAAUUGAAGAGUGUUGCAAUGCUUUUCGAAUCAACCCCGCAAUGUUUCCUUCUGAUUGUGUAUGCGCGUUUGAGGUUAGUAGAAAAGUGGGGAUUAAUUCUUUAUGUGGAUUAAUUUUUUUCGAGAUCUUAUGAAAGGAUGAAUAAAGAUUCUAAGUUUUUUUUUAGAUUAAUCAAACGUA